UUUUCAUAUUACCUAUAUCUCCAUUGCUAUACUGUCUUCAACUUUCUAAACCCUCUACUUAUUUUCCUUUUUGAUUUACUAUUCACUAUGGCCACUGAGCUUCCUGAUUUUUUUAUUUACUACCCUACCUUCCAUAUCCUUAUUUGUAAGGAAUGCCAUACUGCUCUUCCUAAGAAUAAGGCUGUGGAACACCUUAGGAAAGACCAUUUGAUGACUCAACAUCAAGUUAUUAACCUUGGCUAUCAGGCUAUCAUUGAGAGGCUUGAUAUCUUCCCUCUUACUAGGUCUCUUCACCAAAUUCAGAAUGACCAGCCAAUUGCUCCCAUUAAGGGAUUGAGCUCUUUUCAAGCUAGGGAAUGUAGUGCUUGUGGUGAGCUCUUUCAAUCCAUGGACAAAGCUAAUCGCCAUAUUACCAAGGCCCAUCAGCACCAGAGAGGUCAUGCUCAGUAUCCUACCAUUAUAGAUACUCUGGCCCAGGCAUUGCAGCCAAAUCGUUACUUUUUCAAAGUGCGGCUUCCAUCUCACCCUCUAGGGGACCAUGCUCCUACUAGGGCAGGCACCUCUAGUCCUUCACCAACCCCUGGCCCAUCUCAGCCACACUAUGCCCACCACGCUAGGGUGGUUGAGUCUAGUGACUCUGACAUUGAGAUGGUCUCUGCCAGGGAUGUCAAUACCUCUCUGAGAGCCCCUUCUGCCUUUGGACCCUCUGCCAGUCUUCCUACCAGGCCUGGUUCUUCGUCGCAGCCUGACUCUGGCAUCACCCCAGAUCUGGUGGAUUCCCUGCUCCGUCAGUACCAGGAAAUCCAGAAGCCCCAGCCAGAGCAAGCCAAGAUCUAUCUCUCUGGGUCUAGGGAUGAGCUCAAUGGAUUUCAGCUCCACACCAGGUAUCCAGAGUUCCUGCAGCAACGCUCCCUCCCAAAGCUAAGAAAUCUCUUCUCUCUAUCCCUAGAGCAUUCUGAUCGAAUCCAUGAUUUCCUGACUGCCUGCACCACCUAUAUAUUCGCCAAAGGCCAGAAGAUCAUCCCUCUCCUUUCUCGCCAUGUUCGAUGCCUUCUCAAUAGUUUUGACAUUGAGCAUGUGACUCUGCGCCCUUUCAAACCCCUCCAGGAGGCAGCCAGUGCCCAGAAAUAUGCCCGCGUGCUUCACAGCUUUCUCGUUUUUCUGUUGGAGAGCUAUCCCUACCAGGUCACUAGGGGGCCUAGGGAUAGGGACCUGAAUCGACUCUAUGCUAUAGAUCACAUGGUCAAGGCGGGGAUUCAGGAGCUCAAGGACCUGCUACUAUCCCCCACCCUAGCGGAAGAGGAUGAGGAGGCACCAAAGGCCUCAGGCCCCUUGCAGGCAGGCAGUGCCCGUGCCUAUAUUGGUGAUGACCUUGAUGGUGAGAAUGAUGAAGAGGAUGAGAUCGAUCUGGCCCUGGACCUAGGGGGAUGA